CCAUUUCCAGCUAUUUUUUGGCAUACUUGUCAAUCAAUUGCGCUUUGCUUUUACAAUUUGCGUUUUCUUGUAACUUUAGCUUUAUAACAACUUCUGCGAUUUACUUCUAAAUAUCUCCUUUGUUUGUCACUCAACGCUUCUGUUAAUUCGACUGCAAUGGCGAACCGAAGACCGCAGAACAACGGGCGUCGUAUGGAUUUCGGGCGUAAUGAUAGGCCAAAGAACUUCGGGCGUAGCGGUGUGUCGCCGUGGCAGGGCGCCGGGCCGGGCGGCAACAUUCCGAACCUGUUACCUUUAGCUAGUGGUUCCACUGAGGCGACAUUAGCUCUGGCCAGUAAUAUCAUCAACCUUCUGCAACCUCGUCAGAAUCCAGUGCCGUCGCUCCUGGACAUGCCUAUACGACGAGACUUCGGUCCUAAUAUGGGUCGGUAUGACCGCGGUUACGUGCCCAACAGGAUGGGCAAUCAGGGUAAUUUCCGGCGUACGGGAAAUUAUAAUCGAGCUGGUGAGCGUAUCAACACGAAUCGUAAGCCGUUCAGGCCCAAUGAUGGGCAAAGGCAUCAAAACAAGAGCUCCCCGAAAAAGGAUGCCGAUUCAAAGGCUAAGCCUGUUAAGGAGAGCAAUCAAGAGCAAGAAGAGAAAGAAGAGACAGGGGAAAAAUCGGAAACAAAUGAACAGAAAAAAGAAGUACCGAAGACCCGUUAUGAUGACGUCAACUCUCAACUACUGAAGUGUCACAUUUGUAACAAGAGUAUGUGGGAUGGACGUUCAUUUGAAAACCACCUGAGUGGUCGAGCCCAUGCCAUCAUGAUGCAGAAGACAUCAGAGAGUUAUGCCCUCACCGCUGACACUAUGAGACAGGAGAUCAAGAUACGUGAAAUGAAACGCACGAGGAAAACAGGACAGCAACCCCCUCGUGAUUUUUAUUGUGCUAUGUGUGAUAUGUAUGCAGCGGACGGUGCUAUACACAGAACAACAGUUGGUCAUCGUAAACUGAAGAAAUAUUUACAUCCAACAUGCACAUAUUGUCAUAAGGAGAUGCCGACACGUAUCGAGUUGGAUGAACAUAGAUUGACUGCGGAACAUCUGAGGAAUAUGCAGGAUAAACAGGAGGUGGUUACCAAGCCUAAACCUGAAGUUAUGGUGAUAUCAACCAUGUCUAUGGAGCAAUCGUAUCUACGUGAGGACCGUGAGCGCUGGCGUCGUCCAGAUCGCCCCGAGAGAUCUGAGAGACAGGACAGACAUAAAGAACAAGAGACUGUUAAAGAAGAGAAGAUUGAUGAUCAGGGUGAUAUUGAAAUGAAGAAUGCAGGUGAUGAAGAUCCGGAGAAGGGUUCAGAUAAGCCGGAGCAGAGUGAAACUAACACUGAAGAAGUGCAAGUUAAGAAAGAAGAUGCUUUGGAUAAUGAUACGACAAUACUGGAUUAUAAAGAAGGAGAUGAUUUGACCAACAUCACACAGGAUAUGAUACCCGUGUACAGCACGGAGCGUGGUGUAGGUCGCUCCUUCCUGUCAGAGUUUCGUUGUGUGCAGUGCAGCUUGUGCCGCAAGCUGCUGGACAGCGAGGAGACAGCUGAAGUCCAUCUCAAGACUUGGAGACAUCAUCAGCUCUUUAUACGACUGAUCACCAAGUCCAGUCAGCAGCUUCAAGAAGGUAACAAGCGUCAGAUGAAUGUUGAAGAAUCUGGCAAUUGGAAGCGGCGCAAGACGUCCCGCGAUGACGACACUGAGGACGACCAGGAGAACGAACAGGAGGAAGGGGAGGGGACGCAGGGUGAUGUCAACGGUGAUAAAGCACCUAACGAAGAAGAGACAGAAAAACCAGUUGAGGUUAAGAUGGAAGAGGACGUAGCUAUAAAUGCUGCGGAUGAAGACCUCGAAGACUGGGAGCAGUCUGUUGAUGAGAUACUGCACGAUGAAAAGAAUAAUACCACUGAAACCGCACCAGAUGUAAAGAAGGAAGCUGACGAAGAGAAAUUAUUGGAGGAGGAUACGAGUGAAAAGAAAACGACUCCGCAAGAAAAUGCUAGUGCAAAACCAUCUCCGAGACGAGGCAGACGUCGUUAUUAAUUGUCUAUCCCAUUUUGAAAUAUAUAAAGUAAUCUGAGGCAUUUAAAA